AUGCUCUCGUUUAAGAGGGUUGGUUUUUGCUUUCUCAUUUUUGCGGUGUCCGACCUUGUCCUUGGCGCAGAUCUCCCCGGGGAUCCUUUCAUCCCCGUACCAGACACUUCUAUACCUGACACACUCCUCACACCUCUGAUCAUUAAGCCAUUGGGAUCCUCUAACGUGGAGGCCCGGGAUGAACCAGGAGUUCUCACAGGCUUGCUCGAAUCCCGUCAAUCUUGUUCGGCUGGUUAUGGUCUUUGCUCAACCGGCCGUUGCUGCCCUCUAGGAGGAAGGUGCUGCUCAAAUGGUGGCUGCUGCGGAGCUGGUUAUUGGUGUUAUUCUACUGGUAUUGGGCGGAUUCUGCCCCUGCAGAAUCUGGUUCUGAUCAUCUGUCUUUAUCUAGGUUGUUGCAGUGUGACUGAGACGGGUUGCGCAAAUGUUUCUUGCUGCCCCACCGGCGCGCGAUGUUGCCAAGGUGGCGGUUGCUGCAAGUCGUCAGAGAACUGUGUCAUCACCGCGUCGGGCGUUAAGGGCUGCUGUCCUAUUGGCAGCACAUGCAGUGGUACUCCAGGACGAUGCAGUAAUUCUGCCUACGUUCCUUGCUCCAAUGAUAACUUUUGCUGCCCGCCUGGUGAUAUCUGUUACAGAGAUACGAGUGGCAAUGCACCUCGUUGCAGAAGCCCAUCUCAGAACCCAUCUCCUCCUGCGGCGACUACUACUUCCACUCUGCCGCGCACCGCUACAACAUCUUCGCGAGCAUUGCCGUCUAGUUCUGCACCAUCCAUUCCGACGGGUAAUGGCUUGCCAACUCCCCCAUCCGGUUCAGCUUUUAGAGUCAUCUCCGUCACUGACAGCAGCAUUACAUGGAAAGGCCCCUCAUGGACUGUUGUUUUUGGUCCAUGCAACGUGAAUAAUACCCUUCCCUCCAAGAAAACCACAAGCAGCGACCAUUCUUUGACUUUCAUUUCCAAUACAAGCAUUGCCAUUUAUGUCAAUGUGGCUUCCUACAAUGUUUAUUACGACGUUUACUAUAACGGCCGUUUGACGAGCUACUCGCCGUCGACGUCUCUGCCAAACUGCACCUACAUAUCGUUGGCCCGGGACCUGACUCCAGGGGUGUCUGUCAAUAUCACGAUUUUCAUUUAUGGGGCAAGCUUGCAAUCGCGGCAAGCUGAAACUGAUUCUUCAUCGUCGUUCGAUAUAAACAACUUUGUGCUCAUGGAACCCACACGCAAAACAGUGACCGCUGGACCCUCCAGCACUGCUCCUGCCUCAAGCUCUGCGAAUCGGCUUGAAAGAAAUAGCAUUAUCAACUAUGUUAGCUAUGUAUUGGCUGGAGUUAUACUAUUACGGGCUUAG